UCAGUGCUCCACUCUGUUUAUGGUUUUAAGAAAGUAAGGGAGACAAGAGCCAAGUAAGAAGCAGACAGAGAAUAAUGGUCUAUGGUGGGCAAUCAUGAAGAACAGCAGCAACCACAGCUACAGAGAAGAAGAUCAGCCUAAGAAAGAGAGUCCUUUCUCAACCAUGGACUCCAGAUUCAACCAAACCCUCCGAAAUGUUCAAGGGUUGCUCAAAGGUCGUACAAUUCCCGGUAAAAUAUUGUUAACUAGGAGAUCAGAUCCCGUAGAUGAUUUAAGCUCACAAGAAAACUCCCCAAGUUAUCAGAGGAGCUUCUCAUCCAAUGAUGCUGGGACAAGUGACCGUAUGGAGAAGGCAGUAAGGGAAGAAGACCAGACCCCAAGCAAGCCAAAUAGUAAUGCAAAUGCAAGCAAGUUAAAAUCAUCAACCUUACAGCCUGAGAUUACUGUCAAAGAAAUUCAAAAAUCCACCAUGGGUGCUAGAGCAACUGAUUCAGCAAGGCUCACAAAGUUCUCAAAGGUGCUGUCAGGAACGACAAUUAUACUAGAGAAUUUGCGUGAAUUAGCUUGGAGUGGUGUGCCACCCUAUAUGCGUCCAAGUGUGUGGAGACUUCUUUUGGGAUAUGCACCACCUAAUUCAGAUAGAAGGGAUGGAGUUCUGAGAAGGAAGCGCCUUGAGUAUCUGGACUGUGUUUCUCAGUAUUAUGACAUCCCAGAUACUGAGCGUUCAGAUGAUGAAAUCAACAUGCUUCGCCAGAUUGCUGUUGAUUGUCCAAGAACUGUACCGGAUGUCUCUUUUUUCCAACAAGUGCAAAUUCAAAAAUCCUUGGAGCGUGUCCUUUAUACAUGGGCUAUACGGCAUCCUGCAAGUGGAUAUGUUCAGGGAAUAAAUGAUCUUGUUACACCAUUUCUAGUUGUUUUCUUGUCAGAAUACUUGGAAGGGAGUGUAGAAAGUUGGUUAAUCUCUGAUCUAUCUCCAGAUAAACUAUCUGAUAUAGAGGCUGAUUGCUAUUGGUGCCUGUCAAAGUUACUUGAUGGUAUGCAAGACCAUUACACAUUUGCUCAACCAGGAAUCCAGAGGCUUGUGUUUAAGCUGAAGGAAUUGGUUCGACGGAUAGAUGAACCUGUUUCUAAACAUAUGGAGGAACAAGGGCUGGAAUUUCUUCAAUUUGCUUUCCGCUGGUUCAACUGUCUAUUAAUACGCGAGAUCCCAUUCCACCUUGUUACUCGCUUGUGGGACACCUAUCUUGCAGAAGGAGAUGCGCUGCCAGACUUCCUUGUGUAUAUAUUUGCCAGUUUUCUUUUAACGUGGUCAGAUGAGCUUCAGAAGCUUGAUUUCCAAGAGUUAGUGAUGUUUCUUCAACAUCUUCCAACGCAAAACUGGACUCACCAAGAACUUGAGAUGGUGCUUUCAAGAGCCUACAUGUGGCACAGUAUGUUCAAUAGCUCUCCUAGCCAUUUAGCAAGCUAAGGGAGGAAAUUGUGACAGCCAGUGUGUGGUCUGGUCUGCUUGGGUUCUAACUUCCCUUGUUGUAUUUUAAUCUCAAGUUGUUGUUGAUGUUGUAUAUCUGUCCUCUCAUCGUGGAGAGGGACUUCUGUGGAUCGUGUACUUGUAAUAUUGCACUUCCAAGUGCUUCUUUGUAGACUUGCAUUUGACUUUGAGUGGAGAAAGAAAAGAACAGCUAUUUCAAUUGUAUAACAAUUUUUGCCAUAAA